CCUCUUCAGUUCAGAGAAGCUGAAAUUGAGGUGUAGUUGAGCUGUUGUGUCUCUGUAUUCAUGCAGUAAAAUGGCAGAAGCCAGAUUUUCUCAGGAUGAGUUCAUGUGUUCAGUGUGUCUGGAUCUCCUGAAGGAUCCAGUGACCACUUCCUGUGGACACAGUUACUGCAAGAUUUGUAUUACAGGCUGCUGGGAUGAGGAGGAUCAGAAGAGAGUCUACAGCUGUCCUCAGUGCAGACAGACCUUCAGUCCAAGACCUGAUUUAGCUAAAAACACCAUUCUGGCUGAACUGGUGGAGAAACUGAAGAAGACUAAACUUCCUGCUGACUGUUACGCUGGAGCUGGAGAUGUGCAGUGUGACGUCUGUACUGGAAGAAAACACAAAGCUGUCAAGUCCUGUCUGGUGUGUCUGGAGUCUUACUGUCAAACUCAUUUUGACCGUCAUGAGGAGUUUCACUCACGUAAGCCACAUAAAGUGACUGAAGCCACCGGACGACUGCAGGAGAUGAUCUGCCCGAAACACGACAAGAUCCUUGAGGAAUUCUGCCGCACUGAUCAGAAUUGUAUAUGUGUGCUGUGUACGAUGGAUGAACAUAAAAACCAUGACACUGUAUCAGCUGCAGCACAGAGGACAGAGAAACAGCACCAGCUGAAGAAGACGCAGAGGUUGUUCCAGCAGAGGAUCCAGCAGAGAGAGAAAGAUCUUCAGCAGCUGAGAGAGGCUGUGGAGUCUCAUAAGCGCUCUGCACAGACAGCAGUGGAGGACAGUGAGAGGAUCUUCACUGAGAUCAUCCACUCCAUUGAGAGAAGCCGCUCUGAGGCCACACAGCGGAUCAGAGAUCGGGAAAAGACUGCAGUGAGUCGAGCUGAAGGACGACUGGAGCGACUGGAGCAGGAGAUCAAUGAUCUGAGGAGGAGAGUCGCUGAGCUGGAGCAGCUUUCACACACACAGGAUCACAUCCAUUUCCUGCAGAGUUUCCAGUCUCUCUCAGCUCCUCCUGAAUCUACAGACGUAAAUGGCAAUCCCUUUAGUUCUCUCUCCUCUUUUGAUGUUGUGAGAGAAUCUGUCCGUCAGCUGAGAGACAAACUGGAGGAUAUCUGCAAAGAGGAGCUGAAGAACAUCUCUAAAAGAGUCACUUUCACCAACAUUGUUCCCAGAACCAGGAACGACUUCCUAGAAUGGACACGAGAACACGGAGUGGAUCAUAUCUGCGAACUGCGAGUCGGCUCAGACCACAGAGGUAUCGAACCCAUUUGGAUUCUGCACAGAAUGCUGUAUUUUAAAGCAAUAUAAAGGCGAUUAGGAGGAUAAACGGUUAGAGAUUAGAAGGAAUCAGAGGUUUUACUGAUUGUAACGGCUCUGGCCGAGCUGUGAUAUAAACAAAAUGCUGUUACCCAGCAAACACAAACGUUCCCCUAACGUUCCCAUAUGGUUCCCGUUUGGUUAUUUUUUUGGGGGAACCAAAUAAAACCAUUCUGGGAACGUUCUCUAUUGGUUCUUUUUUUGCAACCUAAAGAGAACGUUUCCAGAACUUUCCCUGCAGGUUAUUUUUGGGUUUUAUUUUUAUAACCUAAAGAGAACGUUCUGGGAACGUUCCCUGCAGGUUAUUUUCGGUUCUUUUCUGGCAACCUAAAGAGAACCUCCCCAGAACGUUCCCUGCAGGUUACUUGUUGGUUCUUUUUUUUGUAACAUAAAGAGAACGUUCCCAGAACGUUCCCUGCAGGUUAUUUUUUUGUUCUUUUUUGCAACGUAGAGAGAACCUUCCCAGAACGUUCCCUGCAGGUUAUUUUUAUUUUUAGAUUUCAUUAUAACUAAACUAUUUCAGAUGAUAGACCAAUGGGCUACAGAGAUAAAGUGUUAUCUUUCUUUACUGCGCGCCUCUGAUCACGCGCUUCUGUCUUCCACAUAGAGAGGAAGACAGUGGCCUAAUAAAGAUUUUUGUAACCUUUUGUUAUUCUCUGCCAUCUGUUGACCAUGUGUGACUUGUGUACCUGGAUAUACAAUGAUGAUCACUGAUAUAAAUGGACAAUUUAUUUUGAUACACAAACAUUCAUUAGGCUAUUUGGUAUUCAGGUUGAUCGGGAAACUUUUUCCCAGUCAUCUCAGUGGCAAAAAGUGUCCCAGUCAACCUGAAUUCACUGGUCAUUAAUGUUCAUAAACAUACAUUUUCUUCAUGGGGUUUUAAUUAGGGGCACAUUUGGCCUCAUGAAAAUUUGAAAAAAAAAAAAAAAAAACCAUUUUGUUUUUGUACAAAAAGAUGGGCCAUGGACUUGCCAACAACAAACUUUAGCUACUGUAGCAGUCCCUUAAUAUAUGGAAAUGACACAUAAGAAAGCUAUUCUCAGAUCAAAAAAUUACAUUUUUAGUCUUAAAGAUUUUGACUUUUUUUUUUUACCACUCUUUGAAUUUUAAUGACAUUUUUUUUUAUUUACUUAACUUUUUGUUGUUAUAAAAAUAGUUUUAUCUUUUUACAUACAGUGGCCCCCAAAUUAUUUGCACAAAUGCAUUUUGCAUUAAAAUACUAUUCGAAUGUCUGGAAUCACUGUAGUUUUUUUGUUUUUUAAGAAAUGAAUUUCACAAGGAUGAAGUUUAUUCAACAAGGAUUAAUUAAAUACAUUUUAAAAAAAAAGAAGAAGAAGGAAAAAAAGACAUUUCUAAUGUUACAAAAGAUUUCUAUUUCAAUAGUCUUUAAACUUGCUUUUCUGUAAAUCAACAGAACAGGCACUGGAUCACGGUUUCCACUUUCAUUCAGCAGCACAGCUGUUUUCAGCACUGAUAAUAAUAGCUAAGAAUGUUUCUUGAGCAGCAAAUCAGCAUAUUAGAAUGAUUUCUGAAGCAUCAUGUGACACUGAAGACUGGAGUAACAGGAAUAAACAGCCAUUUAAAAUAUAUUAAAAUAGAAAACACAAUAUUACUGUUUUGCCUAUUUUUGAUCAAAUAAAUGCAACCUUGGUGAGCCUAAACAUAAAGAAUUUUAUGAAUCCUUUUGAAAAGCAAUAGGCCUCAUAUCAAAAUGAACAAGAAUUUAAGAACAAUACCAGAAUAGAUAUAGCCUUAAUCCUCAGAAACAUUUCUACAGGUUUAUUUCAGUUGUUACAGGCAGUGAUGUACUUAAUGAUAACAACUAAUAAAAUACUGAGUUUUUAAACAUACAUAGGAGGAAGAGCACAACGAGCUGAGCUCGAUAGCUGAAGGUUGCUCUGCUGUUACACAAAGUGUCUGUCAUUCAGUUACAGAUGACUGCACAAAACGUGCAUACUAAUGAGAACUUUAUAAACUGUUACCUAGAAGUAAACAACUGUAGUUUAGGCAUAAGUCAGCCGCGACGCUGAGAAUAUAGUUACCUUUAUGGAAUAAUCCACUACUGUCCUGAGAUAAAUGUGAACUAAAAUUCUCAGUUGCACGUGCAAUCGCGCAUGUCUGGGAAACUCAUUAAUAUUCAUAUAUGCUCCGCCUUCGGAAACCGAAAAUCUCGGAAACCGAUAAUCUCGUAACACCGGACCAUACCGCUCAGUGGAAACGAGCCACAAAUUUCAGUUACCUAAAAUGGUGGUGUAUAUGCGUGGUGUAGGCUAUAGGCUUGUAUAUGCGUGCAAUUAUUCAAAGUAGCCUAAAGAACAAUACGGUUUGUUUACAUGUACUACUAAUAUGAAAGAUAAUGAGCAAAAGAAAUGCAUAACUUCAGAAUCUUUAUCGUCAAUAUUUAAUGUAAAGUGAAAAACAGCUGAGCAGUAAUGUGAUUCGUGCUAUGCUGUUUUAAUUGGUCAGCGCUGCGCUGGUGAGAUUAGUUCGCGCACAAGCGGCAACCUCCCCCAGUUUCUCUUGAAGCCAGUAUGGAAGUGAAUUAACUUCAAUACAUCGACUGACCGCAAGGGACAGGCCCAAAAGAGAGCAGAAUCUCAUUGAGCCCCAUGUUAAAAUGCCCAACUUUACAGUAGAAAAAAAAAACAGCCUGGUAGAAAUUGUGUUUUUUGUCUAUACAGCUAAUUUUGCCCUUCAUGACAACUCUGAGGAGGGUGAUUUUUUUUUAUAACUUAUCUGUUUAAAUUAUAUUAUGGACUUAUGGUCCAGGUGUUACUUAGCGAUCUGGUCUUAAAAGUUUGUGGAACAAAGGAGGGUCUCCUUUAUUGAUCAGCUCUGUUAAUACAAAGUCUGGUUUGAAAUUAAACAGGCAUGAGAGAGCAGUCUUCUUCAGCAGUUUAGCUCCAUGGGUUCAGUUUUAUAGCUCAAUAAUGGUUCACUGGGGGAUCUCUGUGAUCUUUGGUGUUGUGUUCAUUUGGUGGGCUUCAUUCACGGAUAAUCUUACAAAUUCUUCUUGUUUGCUGAUCAAGUCAAUUUUAUUGUCACAUCACCACAGCACAUGUGCCGUGGAGAGUGAAAUUCUUGGGAGCGUGCUCCAGAAAUUGCAGAAACAGUUAACAUAUAACCAUACAGACUUAACAGGUAAAAAUGUGCAAUAUGCACAUACAUAUAGUCAGUACACACAGUGUACUAUUAGACAUACUUACAGUUAGUACUACACUACACAUUAUACUCAAUAUGUACAUACAUACAGUUAGCACUACACAUUAUAUUCUAUACACAGAAUGUACACCUACAUUAUGUAGACAUAUAUACGCAUAAAAAUAUGUUAAGGUGCAACAGAGUGUACGUGAACUGGAUACAGAAAUGUCAUGGAUGUGCAUCGGAUGGUAUCCAGUGGUAACGGGUAGAUUAUUGUAUUAAGUGCAGUGUGUAUGUAUAGUCCAGUGUUGAACUGUUAAAGUGCGGUGUGUGGCAUACCAUAUUGUGGAGUAUUAGUUUUGACCGUUCAUUAGUCUGAUAACCUGAGGAAAAAAGCUAUCCCUAAGUCGGCUAGUGCGGGAUCGGAUGCUGCGGAGACGUCUUCCUGAGGGCAGCAGAGAGAGCAUUCCUCUCUCCUUAUUUCCUUAUAUACCGCCUGGUGUAGAUGUCCUGGAGGGAGGGAAGCUCACCUCCAACAAUGUAACUGGCAGUUCGCACGGCCCUUUUCAGAGCUUUACGGUUGCCAGCGGUGCGGUUUCCGAACCAGGCAGUGAUGCAGCCCGUCAGGAUGCUCUCUAUAGUGCAAAUGUAGAAUGAUCUGAGGAUGCUGGGUCUCAUUCCAAACUUCCUCAGCCGUCUCAGGAAGAAUAGGCGUUGACGUGCCUUCUUCAGCACUGCGUCAGUGUGUGUAGACCAGGUGAGAUCCUCACAGAUGUUAACGCCGAGGAACUUAAAGCUGCUUACCCGCUCCACAGGCGUCUUGUCAAUGGUGAUGGGUUUGUGUUCUCAGUGAGGAAGGCAGCACAGAGCAGAUGUUAUCUCUGACGAGUCUCUCAAAACACUUGCUGAAGAUGGGUGUGAGAGCAACGGGCCUCCAGUCAUUUAAGCACUUGAUCUUGUUUUUCUUUGGUAUGGGCACAAUGGUGGAUUUUUUUGAAGCACGAGGGAACCACAGACAGACAGACAGAUUGGCUGCAGUUUGUGAUAAUCUAUGUAAAUAUGGUUUUAACGCCAAAUUUUUAAAGCGUUUAUUUAACACUCAUAAAUAUAAUUUUCUACAAAAUCCUCGUUAGGAGUUAUGACUCAUCAAAUUUCAUCUCAAUGUUAAGUCUAUGGAACGUUUUCACACAAUUUUUCACCCGCCGGACAAACAUCAUACACCCGUUCGCUUAGAAAAGUCACACCAUUCCUCAAUAAUCCACACGAUUUGACGCCUCAUUCAUGGGUCAAUGACUGCGGGACUGAAGUAUGCAAAAAAAACAAAAAAAACAAGCACGACUAAUUAAUAAUAGUGAUAAUAACAUUCACCAAAAUAUAUAUCAUAAAUAAAAAUAUAAUUAACAUCACUGAUCUAAAGUUUAGAGUCAAUGAGGUCUCUUCUGCUAUUUGAUCCCAAAAUACAGUAAAAAACAGGAAUAUUGUGAAAAAAAAAAUAUAUAUAUAUAUUUGAAUGUACAUUUAAAAUGUAAAACAAAAAUGUGGAGGUGUUUUUAUCUGGAAUAUUUGAAACAGAAAUAUGAAAUAAAAAGAUUUGAAAUGUUGAA